UCAGAGAAUUGAAGGACUCCAAAUCAGCAAAUCAUUAAGUAUGUUUGGACAGUCUAUCUCUGGACAAAUUGAUGCAGAUAAUAAUGGAUAUGUAGAUAUAGUGGUUGGUGCUUUUCGGUCCAAUUCUGCUGUAUUGCUAAGGACAAGACCUGUAGUGAUUGUUGAAGCUUCUUUAAACCAUCCUGAGUCAGUAAAUAGAACAAAUUUUGGCUGUAUUGAAAAUGGAUUGCCAUCUGUGUGUAUGGAUCUAACCGUCUGUUUCUCAUAUAAGGGCAAGGAGGUUCCAGGUUAUAUUGUUUUGUUUUAUAACGUGAGUCUAGAUGUGAACCGGAAGAUAGAGUCUCCAUCGAGAUUUUACUUUUCCUCUAAUGGAACAUCUGAUGUGAUCACCAGAAACAUAAAGGUGUCAAGCAAAGCAGCUAACUGUAGAACACAUCAAGCCUUUAUGCGGGUAAUGUAAACUAGUUUUUAUUAAUGAGUAUGUAAACUUUAAUAUUAUCAAUACAGUAAAAAAGUUUAUUGCAUUGCUAACUUUGUAUAAAACAUAGUUUAAAGCAGGUGUUAUUGUCUCCUGAACUAGCUGACCAGUUGUUCCAGAGUCAAAAUGUUAGACAAUCCUGUGACCUGGAUUCAAAGUCCAGUUUUUGCAUCUUCUUAAUUUCACAUUAUCAUCACAUUUUACUGGGUCACUAUUUUUAAAGGUUUGCCUUUUCCUUUUUACAAUUGAGUUUACCUAUCCCUGUUUGUACCCUUGCCUAGAGAUGUAGAUAUUGAGCAGCUCUGCUGAGCUUCAGAUCUAUUCUGUAGCAGGUUUAAUUUUUUGCUGGGGGGCUGGCAGGGGUCACAGGGAAGUUGCUUUGUUUUUCAUGCGGCUCUAAUAAAGCAGACUCCAACAUGCCUGCUCUUGGAGUACGUCUCUGUCUCUGGGCCAGCAUUGUGAGUGAUGUCAGUGGGAACUCACACAGUUGUGCUGCUGGGGGGAUCAUCUGUGGGCCAGGACAAGGACUCUCAUGAUGGCUUGGG